AAUGACAUACAUGACUCAUAAAUAAAAAUCUUUUUCAAAAAAGAGAGUCUUGAAAACCUUCGUGUUUUUAUCGCCUAAACAAUUGUAGCUGCUAAAGCUAAUUUUUUUCAUUUUUGUGUGGUUCAUAAUAAAUCUUCCAAAACGGGGAACGAAAUGUCAUCGUCGGCGAUGGAGAAGCAUCUCUUCAAUUUAAAAUUUGCGGUGAAAGAUCUGGAGCGAAAUUCAAAGAAAUGCGAAAAGGAAGAGAAGUUGGAAAAGGCGAAAGCCAAAAAAGCCAUCCAAAAGGGUAACAUGGAUGUGGCCCGGAUACACGCCGAAAAUGCAAUUCGACAGAAAAGUCAAUCAGUCAAUUACUUGCGUAUGAGUGCAAGAGUUGAUGCUGUCGCGAGCCGUGUACAAUCCGCCCUAACCACUCGAAACGUCACACAAUCCAUGGCUGGUGUGGUCCGAGCUAUGGACGCAGCUAUGAAAGGAAUGAAUUUGGAGAAAAUAUCGUCGUUGAUGGAUAAAUUUGAGCAACAGUUCGAAGAUUUGGACGUUCAAAGUUCGUACAUGGAGAAUACAAUGUCACAAACAACGACAACCGCUGUGCCUCAGGGUGACGUCGAUUCGUUAUUGCAGCAAGUGGCUGAUGAGGCCGGUUUGGAAUUAAACAUGGAAUUGCCGAACCAACCUCAAGGCACAUCGCUGGGUGCAUCGACUCAGGUUUCUCAGGAACAAGACGAAUUAACUCAACGCCUUGCACGAUUAAGACAAGCUGAAUAAAUGCCGUAUGGCGGUUGUAUGGAGUUUAUUGCUUUUUCAAGAACAACAUUCAGCGAGUCACUGGUUAUACUGCCAGAAGUUUUAUUAAAAAUUAAUUUGUCCUCUGCUGUGAAGCUUCUUUUAUUUUUUUUAAAUUGAAAUAAACCUUACACGUUACAUAAGCAAAA